CCCUUUUACAUCAACUUCAGUGCUCUACCCAUCUCUUUGCUUUCACGAACUAGGCACUCAUUGAGCUUUAUCUCCUUGCUUCUUGCAUGCUUUUCUGUUCAAUUACAAUAGGUAACUGUGCACAUUUCUUAACCCUUGUGCUGUUUGGAUCAUGGGUUUGGGAUUUUCCUUCACGGGAUCCCUCAGAAAUUGAAGUCCACGCAAGCUUUUCACUCAAAUCAUAUCAAUGGUGGUGGGUUUUGAAAUUAUGUUACAGUUUGGACAGAAUUGGGGUUCAUGUGAGAUGUUGGAGGUAAAAAUUAAACCUUGUAGUAAUUGGGUCAAGUUGUCAAGAGGAAGUUAGUUUUCUUGCUUGCUAGUUUAACAUAUUCUGUUUCCAAUCUUUCAAACUCUUGAGUGCUGUUCCAUAAAAAUGGAGUCUUGGAGCUAUGUUUCUCUUGAAAAGGGUUUUGUCCAUGAUGAAUCAAUUCAUCUUGAAAAGGGUAAAAAAGGGUUGAUGGGUCUGGAAUUGAAAGCCCCAUACUGUAGUUAUGAAAGCAGUUUUGCAGUCACUAGUGAAAAGGGAAUUGAGAAUCAGGGGUUUGUGGAAUUCAAUUUCCCAGAAAUGGUGAGAAGGAAAUCUUGGCCUGAGAAUGAAAGAGUUUCUGCUCCCAUUUCACACACGACAAAUACAUUUUCUGCGGAAAAUGAGUCCGGUUCAAGGAUUUCUGACUCUCUGGUAGAAUCCAGCAGUAGGGAUUCUUCCCUCAUUGAUUUGAAGUUGGGGAGAAUUGAUGAUGCCGUGGAAUUGGUAUUCUCUAAGGCGGCCCCCAUGGAUUCCUUGGUAGACUCUUCCAUGCCGGCAAAAAGGGUUCGAGCCGGUUUGGGUUCUCAGACUCCAUUUUGCCAAGUUUAUGGGUGUAAGAAAGAUCUAAGCUCAUGUAAGGAUUACCACAAGAGGCACAAAGUUUGUGAGAUUCACUCCAAAACUCCCGAAGUUGUAGUGAAGGGAAUGGAACAAAGGUUUUGCCAGCAAUGUAGCAGGUUCCAUUUGCUGGCUGAAUUUGAUGAUGGUAAACGCAGUUGCCGUAAACGUCUUGCUGGCCAUAAUGCACGUCGAAGGAAGCCUCAUACGGGAAUUCACUCUUGCCGAACUGGGAGGCUAGUGCAGGCGUAUAAUGGUAGCACGUUUCAGAGUAGCACUUUAACAGCAUCAUCUUUUGCUUGCGAAGAUGUUCUCCCGAAAAGCCUUCUGCAUCCUCAAACACAUGACACAGAUCACUGGAGCGGGCAUAUAAAACUUGAAAAGAAGGUCGAUAAUUGUCCUAAAUCAGAAACGCCCAUCGCAAAUGGACAUCUGCAUCCAAAGUCUAUACUUGCUCAUGGUUUUGGAAAACCUUGUCCUCCUUUUCAUUUUAGUGAAGUUAAUUCAGCUACCGGAAGAGCUUUUAAUAAUAUCAGUAACCUAUACCCACAUGAUCUUGGGCCCUCACACUCUGUCUCUGGUUCUUUGGUCCAGAAUCCCUCAAUAAGAAGUGAAGAGUUCAACCUUCUCAACUCAGCAUCAACCGUCUCUGGUUGUGCUCUCUCUCUUCUGUCAUCUCAAUCACAAAAUUCUUCAACACAUUCAUCAGGAAUUCCAAUGGCUCAACCACCAAUCAUAUCUGGUCGCCAUGCUCAUUACAGUCUUAAUGUAGUCUCUGGAAAUCUUUUGGGAUCGAGCUUUUCAAAUAAGUUUAGCUCUUCAAAUAUGAAUUAUGCGGAAGAGAAUUGCUUUGGUCCCAUACUAAUUUCUGACGAUAGCGAUGCUGUCAACUUCAGUGAUGGAAUUUUCCAAGGUUCACAAUACGUCGAUGCCAGGGCUUGUCUUCCUUGUGAAGAUGGACCUACCAUUGAUUUGCUUCAACUUUCAUCGCAGCUUCAGCGGGUGGAGCAUGAAAAGCGAUCCAUGCAGUUGAAGCUGGAAAAUGAUGCUUUCUAACGACGUAAGCUCAUGUCAGCAGUGCAGGAAUAAGAUGGAUUUUCGCUGGUGGGAUUGGUUUACACUUCCAAGAUUGAGCGUUCUAGUUAAUUUUUGAAGCUGGGUUGAAAGAUGAAUCAGAGAUGGAUUUUUCUGGGAAGUUUGUACUACUGCAAUCCUCAAGAAACUCCACUUAACUUUAUGUCACCUAUAAAAACUAAUUAUUCAAUGAGAAGUUAUUGAAUUUGUAGAAUUCAAUAACUAAUCUUAGAGUGCACUAUACUAAUCUUUCAAAUUGUAGAAUCUGCUACGUAUAUUAUAAUUUCAAGGCUCUACAACUGAAGGAAUUAAUCA